UCGGGGCAGCCCCUGCACGGGCGCGGGGCUGGAUCGGAAAAGCCGUCUCACGGGCGCGCCCGCCGGCCCCUCCCCGCCCCGGGCAGCCUCCCUUCCAGUCUCCGCUGCGCCCUCCCGGAGGCAGCGCUCGUGGCCGCCUCGCCAUGUCCCAGCCGGGCCAGAAGCCCGCCGCCUCCCCGCGGCCCCGGCGCGCUGCAGCGGCCCACCGCACCCAGGAGCAUGUCUAUGAAAAAGACAGUGGAUCGCCUUCCAGGUCAGGAGAAAAGAAAGGAGCAGAUGAGAAAAAAGCCACAAGCCAUGAGAGCAGUCAGCCCUCCAGAACCCAUGCUGGUGGAAGAGCCCCGGCCACCAAGGUGUCUACUUCCUCUGCAUCAACCAGCAAGUCUUCCAGUAUGAACACCACAGAAAACAAGGCCAUUCCAGUCAGCAAACAGACGGAAGGAACACCUCCUCCUCACAAGAAAAGACACAAAAAACAGGCUGUAAAAUCGGAACCUGAAAAGAAGUCACAAUCAACUGAAGUAAGUGUUCCACCUCUACUUAUUGACGGAAAAAAACUAGAAAAAAAGCCAAAGGAACAACACGAGCCAGAAAAUCUAUCCAAAAGCACAUCACAUACAGCAAGCAAGCAUGAUCAUAAAGAAAAAGCAGUUUCCAGGCCAAGUGAGCAGCCAACAUCAGAGAAACCAAGCAAACCAAAGACUAAAUCUCAGGACACAGGUGGAAAGAGUGCUGCUGCUGCUGCUGCUGGUGUGGUUGUGGCCUCUGGCAAGUCAGACGACAAGAAAAAAGAAAAUAAAUCAUUAAUGUCGGCUGUACCAGUUGAGUCCAAACCGGGUGAACCAUCUGGAAAGUCAGGCAUGGAUGCUGCUCUGGAUGACUUAGUAGACACGUUGGGAGAACCUGAAGAAACUGAACACGAUAACACAGCAUAUACUGGACCUGAAGUUUCAGAUCCCAUGACUUCUAUCUACAUAGAGGAAUUGGGUAAAAGAGAAGGCUCAAUUCCUCCAAAGUACAGGGAACUUUUGGAUAAAAAAGAAGGGAUCACAAGGCCUCCUCCAGACUCUCCGAAACCCCCAGGGCCCGAUGACGCCAUCGAUGCCUUGUCAUCUGACUUCACCUGCAGCUCUCCUACCACUGGUGGGAAGGAAACUGAGAAAGAGAAAUCUACGGGAGAAGUUUUAAAAGCUCAGUCAGCCGGAGUAAUCAGAAGUGCUGCUCCGCCCCAUGAGAAAAAAAGAAAGGUGGAGAAGGACGCAAUGAGCGACCAGGCCCUGGAGGCUCUUUCGGCUUCGCUGGGCCGCCGGAAGUCGGAACCCGAGCUCGACCUCAGCUCCAUUAAGGAAGUCGACGAGGCAAAAUCCAAAGAAGAGAAACGAGAAAAGUGUGGUGAAGAUGACGAAACAGUCCCAGAGGAGUACAGAUUGAAACCAGCCACGGAUAAAGAUGGAAAACCACUGUUGCCAGAGCCUGAAGAAAAAUCCAAGCCCCGGAGUGAAUCAGAACUCAUUGAUGAGCUUUCGGAAGAUUUUGACCAGGCUAAAUGUAAAGAAAAACCAUCUAAGCCAACUGAAAAAACAAAAGAAACGCAGGCCGCCGCCCAGGCUCCGGUGGGAGAGGAUGUGCCUCGCACCUCCUUGUGCAGUGUGCAGUCAGCACCACCCAAGCCUGCGGCCUUGAAGGGCAUGGUGCCCGAGGACGCUGUGGAAGCCUUGGCUGGCAGCCUGGGGAAACGGGAGGCGGACCCAGGAGAUGGAAAGCCGGCGGAGGAUAAAGUCAAGGAGAAAACCAAAGAGGAGGAUCGUGAAAAGCUUGGUGAAAAAGAAGAAACAAUUCCUCCCGACUAUAGACUAGAAGAGGCCAAGGACCAAGACGGGAAACCACUCCUGCCGACAGAGUCCAAGGAAUCGCUCCCACCCUUGAGUGAAGACUUCCUUCUUGAUGCCUUGUCUAAGGACUUCGGUGGACCCCCAGACACUUCACCACUUAAGCCAUUUGACAAUACUAAACUCACAGCUGCCAUCUCCGAACUGGUUUCCCAAACCCCAGCUGCAACCACGCACUCUGCAGGCCCACCCCCUAGCACUCUGAAGGACAAAGAACUCGACGAUGCCCUGGAUCAACUUUCGGACAGUCUAGGGCAGAGGCAGCCUGACCCAGAUGAGGACAAGCCAAUAAAGGAUAAAGUCAAGGAAAGAGCGAAAGCUGAACAUAGAGACAAGCUGGGAGAAAGAGAUGACACUAUCCCACCUGAAUAUAGACACCUCUUGGAUAACGAUGAUAAGGACAAACCAGUGAAGCCACCCACAAGGGAACCAAAGAAACCUGCAGAUGAUCAAGACCCCAUUGAUUCCCUCUCAGGGGAUUUUGACAACUGUUCUUCAAGUACAGAAACCUCAGAGAACACAGCAAAGGACAAAGACAAGAAGACUGCUUCCAGCUCCAAAGCACCCAAGAAUGGGGGGAAAGCAAAGAAUUCUGCAAAGGCAAAGGAGGAAACUUCCAAGCCAAAAGCUGAUGAAAAAAAUACAAGUUAAAGUUCACACUAUUUGGUAUCUACAUAUAAAAUCUUCAGCUGGUGGUUGGUGACUUCUGAAGAACAAAAGGCUUUGACAACGAAUUUUUCUGGGUGGCUUCUAGACAGUGAUCUUUGUUGGGUUUUUUAACAUCCUAAACAUUGGUUUGUUAUUCUUUUCCCAGAAAGUGAAUUUGCCUGGUUCACCUGUGCUAUUGUACUGAGUAUUGAUAAACUUUGAAUUUUUAAAAAUUGCCUGCAGUUGGGAGAGAAGGGAACUUUAUAUUUCUAAGAGAUAUAUUUGAUAGUUUCUUAAAAGCAACACACACAAAAAAAAAAUAACAGGAAAAACCUUUGCAAAAUUUUGCACAUUCUACACGCAGUGCCUGUAAAUCUCAUUAGUAUUUUUGGUUUGCACUUAAUUUGUUGUUAUUGUUAGCAUUUGGAAAACAAUGCUGUAAACAUUCGUCAAUGUUCUGAUUUCUCAUUACCCCUUCCCCCUUGGGCUUUUGAACUGUACUUGAUGUUUCUCUGGGUUAAUGUUUAUAAGCCCAUUAAAUAUUGUACAUCGGGCACAUAUCUCCUCUUGAGCUGCUAAUGAAUUGAUAGGUAACCUGGACAGACCAGGAAGCACUGCGCCUCUUUUCAGGUUAAACUCUUUGCCAGAGGUUAGGACUUAUGCACCUUAUAGCCGCGCAAAACAUACUUACUGAGACUUGAAUCAAGUCAGAAGAGCAAGAUACAGACUAUAUUUCACUGCAUAGCAAGUUCCAAGAAUAAAAUCUACUCAGAAUAUUCA